AAUCUACAUGUAUUAUUCAAAAAGUGUUUUAUUUAUUUAUUUAUUUCCCUGUGUCCCAGGAGGUUCCUGGCUGAACAAAGGGUCUGUAUCACAAUCAGGUCCGGUUUAAACGCUCGUGUAAACAUAACGCGGCUUCUUCAGCGUCGCGUCUCUCAGCGGAGGUUCUUCCAUCACGGUCACGGCGGACACGUCAGAGAUCACCACGCAUUUGCACGCGCGUGUGCGCGACAGCUUGUCCAGUCGGAGACCCUCUGCCCUACUUUUAUUGCCCGAUGCUGAAGGAUGAGGAGGAGGCAAAUCCCAGAAUGUCCUCGCGGAUGGAUGCAGCUGUUGUUGUAGUUCCGCGGAUCGUGCGUGCGCCUAACCGUGAGUGAAUCGUGAAUCAGUAGAUAGACAGAUAGAUAGAUAUAUAGAUAGAUAUUAUUCAUCCCAUGAGGGACAUCGGAGGACACAUUUGGAAGGACUUCUAAGCACCGGAGGAGAGAAGGGGGUCCACUCAGUGCCGACCGGAGCAUGAUGGACCCCCUGGCCGACAUUCGCGCGUCUCAGGCGGAGCGCAGCAGCAGAGGAGCCGCCGGUGGGGAAUCAGCGGACGACCAGACACGCGGCUGCGGGAGAGACGCGGCGAGGGGCGGCAGCGACAGCAUGAGCAGCUUCGCCGACAUGGAAGACUCGCUGGAGGAGAAACUCAAAGGGCUGGCGUUCAGGAAGCAGAUCUCGUACAGGAAAGCCAUCUCGCGGUCGGGCCUUCAGCAUUUGGGUCCAGCGCACAGUCCCUUCCCUGCCCUGAGCAAUGGACCAGCCAAGGAGCUUCGCAGCACUGUGGACUGGAGCGAGAAUGCAGUGAACGGUGACCACUUGUGGCUGGAGACGAACUGCUCCGGCGAUCUUUGCUAUCUGGGCGAGGAGACGUGCGUGGUCAAGAUUGCAAAGUCGGCUCCCCGGAGGAAGUGUGCUGCCUGUAAGAUCGUGGUCCACACGGCGUGCAUCGAGGAGCUGGACAAGAUCAACUUCCGCUGCAAACCCACCUUCAGAGAGGGUGGCUCUCGAUGCCUUAGAGAUGUGAGUCCACCUCAUCGCCACACGACUCAGAACAUUUUAAGACAUCACUGGGUCCAUCGCCGGCGACAAGAGGGGAAGUGUCGUCAGUGCGGAAAAAGUUUCCCACAGAAGUUCUUCCACAGCAAGGAGAUCGUGGCCAUCAGCUGCUCCUGGUGCAAGCAGGCAUUCCACAACAAGGUCACGUGCUUCAUGCUACAUCAGAUCGAGGAGCCCUGUUCGCUCGGAGCUCACGCCGGGGUCAUCGUACCCCCGUCCUGGAUCAUCAAAGUCAGGAAACCGCAGAGCUCAUUUAAAAACUCCACUCGACGGAAAAAACGGACGUCGUUCAAACGAAGAGCCAGCAAAAAGGGGACGGAUGAAUCGAAAUGGCGUCCGUUCAUGCUGAAGCCACUGCCCUCACCGCUGAUGAAACCAGUGCUGGUUUUCGUCAACCCCAAGAGUGGCGGAAACCAGGGGACGAAGCUGCUGCAGAUGUUCAUGUGGAUCCUGAACCCUCGGCAGGUGUUUGAUUUGUCUCAGGGAGGGCCCAGAGAAGCGUUGGAAUUAUACAGGAAAGUGCCAAAUCUUCGCAUCCUUGCCUGUGGAGGAGAUGGAACGGUGGGCUGGAUUCUCUCCGCCUUAGAUGAACUACAGAUGAACCCACAACCUCCUGUAGCUGUGCUUCCUCUUGGUACAGGAAAUGACCUUGCCAGGACACUGAACUGGGGAGGGGGUUACACAGACGAGCCGGUGUCAAAGAUCUUGUGUCACGUGGAGGACGGGACGGUGGUGCAGCUGGACCGCUGGAAUCUGCAGGUGGAGCGAUCGGCGGUGCAGCCGGAGGAGGGAACCCAGAAGCUUCCUCUAAACGUGUUCAAUAACUACUUCAGCCUCGGCUUUGACGCCCACGUCACACUGGAGUUCCACGAGUCCAGAGAAGCCAAUCCCGAGAAAUUCAACAGUCGCUUCCGUAACAAGAUGUUCUAUGCAGGGGCGGCUUUCUCCGACUUCCUCCAGCGGAGCUCCAGGGACCUGUCCAAACACGUCAGGGUGGUGUGUGACGGAACGGAUCUCACACCCAAGAUCCAGGAACUGAAGUUUCAGUGCAUUGUCUUCUUGAAUAUUCCCAGGUACUGUGCUGGUACCAUGCCGUGGGGCAACACGGGCGACCACCGAGAUUUCGAGCCUCAGAGGCACGACGACGGCUGCAUCGAGGUGAUUGGCUUCACCAUGGCCUCACUGGCAGCGCUGCAGGUGGGUGGCCACGGCGAGCGGCUGCAUCAGUGCAGAGAGGUCAUCCUCACCACCUUCAAGACGCUGCCCGUGCAGGUGGACGGUGAGCCGUGUCGUCUCGCACCCUCAACUCUCCGCAUAUCUCUGAGGAACCAGGCCAACAUGGUGCAGAAGAGCAAGAGACGCACGUCUGUGCCGCUGCUCAACGACAUUCAGAAAGUGUGCGCAGCCGACCUGCGCCGCCUCUCUGCUCCCCCCGACUCCUUCUCUGUCCCUCAUGCCGUCCCUGAACGCCUGCGUCUGCGAGUGAACCGCAUCAUCCUGCAGGAGUACGAGAGCAUGCAGUUCGACAAAGAGCGUUUACGUGACAUUUCUACUCCUGUUGGCAUCGUGGUGGUGAGAGGAGACUGUGACCUGGAAACCUGUCGACUGUACAUUGACAGACUGCAGGAGGAUUUGCAUCAGGUGCCCUCUACUGGUCACAGAGUGCAUUACCAGGAUGAGAGCACAGGUCUGCCACGACCCAGUUCAGCACACAGACUUUCACCAAACUGGAGCUUCCUAGACUCUACAUCAGCUGACCGCUUCUAUCGCAUAGACAAAGCUCAGGAGCAUCUGCACUUUGUGACCGAAAUAUGCCAGGAUGAGGUUUUCAUCCUGGACCACGAGGCCCCAGCGGUGAGCCAGGUCCGGGUGCCGGGAAUGCCAGACGUGGUGGUAGAGCCCAGUUCUGGGGUUCCCCUGACCUCAGAGGAACAAGCACUCCUGUUGGCUGCUGUGAAAGGAGACGUGGAGGCGGUGUCGAGCUGUUGCUCCAGCGGGGUUAGUCUGUUGGUGCGUGACUCUAUGGGCUGCACCGCUCUGCACCUGGCCGCCCAACAUGGGCACACGAAGAUCGUGAGUUUUAUUCUUGAACACGGGUCAAAGCUGAUGUUGGAUUUAACUGACAAAGACACCGGUGACACAGCAUUGCACAAAGCAGCGUCACAGCAGCACAUGGAGGUGUGCAGACAUCUGCUGGAGGCCGGAGCUUCCCUCAGCAAAACGAACUUCCUAGGAAAAACUCCCAAGGAUUGUGCCCUGGACACCGGGAACUCGGAGCUGGCGUCCCUCAUGGAGAGCCAACCAGUGGAGGAGCCGACGGCGCACGAGGAUCUAGAGACGGCUGUGUGAACGGGCUCACGCGAUUAGAGUCAGGAAGAUUUUUACCCACAGAAAGUGGCUGUCGGCACUCCUCCGAGCGUCCGCUCGCACUCGCAGAGAAAGAACGAGAGAGCGUGAGAGACGAAAGACGGAGAGACGUGACUCGAGAGCGCCUCGGGCUGAGAGAGAGUCCUCGGGAUCGUGUCUAGCUGUUGUUUUUCCACUGAUGUCGCUGUGGGGUUUUAGCAUUUAUUUAUUGCUCUUAUUUAUUAUAACUAUUUAUUCAAAGAUGGAUUGGGUUUUAGUUUUAGAGAAAAAAGACGUUGCCAGAGAUGCAUCACGUUGUGUGCCAAAGACACACAGAGAGGAAAAACAUCAAAUGAAGAGAGGACAGAAUCAUCACAGAGAUUUUAAACUCAGACUACAGACUUUUCACGUUUUGUUUGUGUGCCGUUACAGUGGCGUGAUUGUGAAAUUAUCUUAACGACGACGAGAUAAGAUCUGAGCCAUAUUCGAUGCAAUAUGAAUGGAUGACAUUUGUGCAUUUAUCUAUUUAAUAUUACAUUACAUUAAUGUUUCAAGACAAGCAAAGGAACCGGAUGCGUUUUUCCAUUGGUGGCAGCUGAAAUGCCAAGUUGACAGAAGAGCGGCUAAACCAAAUGAACGGCGGCGAGAGUUAAACGUGGUAUUUCAAACACAUAAUUAGUCCAUGUCAAAUCACUCAUGACGGGAAAUGCCCAGCGAUGUGUCUGCAUGAGAACCGGAUCACGCUGAGCCUUCGUGAGAUCCAUUUACAUUCGAGUGAUCUGCUGUGUUGUAUCUUUUUAAAGCAUUAUUGUGCAUGGAAAUUUUGUUACCUCUCUGGAUGUUUCUACCCCUCAGUGAUUAUGUAAUGGCAUUAUUUCUUUUUUGUUAUUUUAAGUUAUAUGAAAAAUAUGAAAUUGUUCGGUGGAUGUAUUUUGUUUGUUUUUUUAAAUCUUUUAAAAGAUGGGACUACUUGAAUGUUUUAGUUUUUUCUAAUUUCUAAAUAUCUAUUUUAGGUGUGAUUGAGGUCAGUGGGUGAGUAGACAUGGCGGGCAUGUAGAGAUGUGACAGAUAUCACGUUGCACGAUCUCAAAACUGGAAAUGUUUUUCAUUAAAGGGCAGUUGGAUGGAAAGCACCA